AAAAAGUAAAAAUAUUCUUAACAUGCAUUGAAUCAUUGGGUGCAACCCUGAACCACUUCUGCCACUUCUUUGUUUUUAUUUUGUUUCUACAGCAGUUAAAACAAAAACAAGGUUAAAAUUAACAAAAUUCCGGUUAUAUAUAUAUUUUUUGACCGGGUGAGACUAAUAAUAAUAAAUAAUUAAAAUUUAAUUUCCUAAAAUUUUAUAUCUCCGUAACAAUGCAAAUACUCUCUUAACAUGAAAUUCUUAACACAAACUGAGGCAAUCAAAAUUGAUGAGGAACUAUUCAACGAAUACAAAUAUAGUGUGGAUCAACUUAUGGAAUUGGCUGGGUUGAGUUGUGCCCAUGCUAUAGCCAAAUGUUACCCUGCUGAUUGCUACAAGCGAGUGUUGGUGUGCUGUGGACCUGGAAACAAUGGUGGAGAUGGAUUAGUUUGUGCCCGACACUUAUCUUUUAUGAAAUACGAGCCAAUAAUUUACUAUCCCAAACCCACUUCAAAACAACUAUAUGAAAAUCUAAACCACCAGUGCAAGAGCAAUAGAAUAUCAUUUCUACAUUCAAAUCCCACUCUUGAAAGUACAAAUGAAUGCUACGAUUUAAUUGUUGAUGCACUAUUUGGCUUCAGCUUCAAACCACCUGUGCGAGAAACAUUCGUUCCUAUUAUGGAGAUCCUAUUAAAUACCAAAAUCCCUAUAGCAAGCAUUGAUAUACCAAGCGGAUGGGAUGUAGAAAAAGGAAAAAUAAGAGAAAAAGAUUUCGAACCCGAUAUGUUAAUAUCCCUUACAGCUCCUAAACUAUGCGCUAAAUCGUUUAAAGGGAAAUACCAUUAUUUAGGUGGUCGUUUUGUACCACCCAUGCUCCAAGAAAAGUUUCAACUUAACUUACCAGAGUAUCCCGAUUGUGAUAUUUGUUUAAAAUUGUAGAAUAACCCGUUAUCAAACAAAAUAAAAAUAAAAAAAAUUAUAUAUUAA